UCCCUCUCCACGAAGAGACAACCGUUCUAAUAAAAUAUAAAUAGAUAUAUAGGUUUCUAUUCUAAUGCAGAAUCCAGAAGAAACCGCUCAGACACAACAGUAAGAGAAAGCAGCAGCAACAACAAUGGAGAAGUACGAGAAGCUAGAGAAGGUAGGAGAAGGCACAUAUGGGAAAGUAUACAAGGCCAAGGAUAAAACCACUGGCCAAAUUGUCGCUUUGAAGAAGACCAGACUAGAAAUGGACGAAGAAGGCAUUCCUCCGACGGCGCUCCGUGAGGUCUCUUUGCUUCAAAUGCUCUCUCAAUCUCUCUAUGUCGUUCGCCUCCUCUCCGUUGAACACGUCGAUGCUAAUGCUUCUUCUAACGCCGCAAAUGUCACCGCCGCCACCGACGAUAAUAAGGAAAAUUCCAUAUCUAAAUCUAAUCUCUACCUAGUUUUUGAGUACCUGGACACUGAUCUCAAGAAAUUUAUUGAUUCUCAUCGCAAAGGACCUAACCCUAGGCCUCUCUCUCCUGGUCUUAUCCAGAGCUUCCUGUUUCAGCUCUGUAAAGGCGUUGCUCAUUGCCAUAGCCAUGGCGUUCUUCAUCGCGAUCUCAAGCCGCAGAAUCUUUUGCUAGAUCAGGAUAAAGGAAUUCUUAAGAUCGCCGAUCUUGGCCUCGGCCGUGCUUUCACCGUUCCUCUUAAGAGCUAUACACACGAGAUUGUUACUCUUUGGUAUAGAGCUCCUGAGGUCUUGCUUGGCUCCACUCAUUAUUCAACCGCCGUUGAUAUGUGGUCCGUCGGUUGCAUCUUUGCUGAAAUGGUCAGACGGCAAGCUCUGUUUCCUGGUGACUCCGAGUUUCAACAGUUGCUUCAUGUCUUUAGGUUGUUGGGAACACCGACUGAAAAGCAGUGGCCAGGAGUUACUGCUCUCCGUGAUUGGCAUGUCUAUCCGCAAUGGGAGCCUCAAAACCUGGCACGCGCUGUUCCAUCACUUGGACCUGACGGUGUAGACCUUCUAUCGAAGUUUCUUAAAUACGACCCAUCUGAAAGAAUAUCAGCCAAAGCAGCCAUGGAUCAUCCCUAUUUUGACAGCCUUGACAAGUCUCAAUUUUGAAGUUGAACUGCUUGGCUAGAAUUGUCAUGUGACAUAUGACAGCUUUUGAAAGUUGUAUCUUGUCAUUUUUUAGUGUGCUUCUAGGAAAUUGGUUAUGUAGUGAAGCAUUAAUCAAUGAUGCUUGCUUCAUCAUCUUGGUGAUUUAACUAUACUUCUACAUUGGAACCUUUCUUCUUAUUGUCACUCAAGUUCUGUAGUGUUCUGUAAUGGUCAUGAAUAAAAUUACAGGUGUUUGUAAUGCUUCAGUGAAUGACUCGGCGAUUUGUUCGAUCUUUUAUAGGAAAAAGAGUUUAUGCAUUGCGUAGUUGUUUCUCAGCUUGCCGACUGAGAAGUGAAAUUGCAGUAUUAGGGUACGAAAGGCUUGUCAGUUGUCUGCUUUGAGUUUAUCCUCAUUGUCGAUGCCACCAACAUUAAAGUGGCGUUUUAUGCGGUUGGUGCGGCAAAAUCCUUUGCGAUUUGAGUUGUAUGUUGUCAAAGAAACAAGAUUAAUUGAUUGAUGUUUAAGUUUCA